GGACGGCUAGGUUAGUUUAAUUAAAGUGGGUGAAACACAGUUGAGUUCCGUUGACUUUUAGGUGCAAAAGGAAGAGAUGAUAGAAGGAAUAGGGCGGGGCAAGGACUCUGCAGUCUGAUCAAUUCUUCAGCGCUCUCGCUUUGCAUACUUCUUUCGGGUUUCCCAGCUAUGGUUGCAGUUUCUGUGGUUUUUUUCUCCAUAAAUCCUGCUCCCAGAUUCAGCGCCAGCUACAGCAUUACUUUCAUCCUUGCUCUCUCGAACUCACAAUACCUGGGGGAUACACUUGUAAUGCUUGUUUUAAGGAUCGUUCAAACUCCAGCUUCCGCUGUGAAAAGUGUGACUUCGACCUGGACUUGGAAUGUGCUCUAAUGUCCACCACCGUCAAAACUAAAGAGGAUGGCCAGAUUCAACAUUUCACUCAUAAGCAUCCAUUACAACUUGUUGAUCUCAACAAGGAACAAGAUGAAGUUUUCUGUUCAAUUUGCCAAAAGCUCUGCUCUGAUGUUGUCUAUGGUUGUAGGAAGUGCAACUUCUUCCUCCACCACUCAUGUAUGGACAUACCUCGAGUGAUUAAUCAACACCAAUUUCACUCGGAACACUCUCUUGUCCUACUCACAGAUCCAUCGUACGAGUGUCAAGGUUGUGACAAACACUGCUCAGGCUUGGCUUACACGUGUGGGCAAUGCGAUUUUCAAUUAGAUGUCAAAUGCGCCUUCCUUCCCACUGCCGAUUGUGAAGUUGCCGAAUGGAUUCAACGUUUCUCUCACCAGCAUUCGCUACAACUUAUUGAUCCCAACAAAGAAGAAGAUGAAGUUCACUGUUCAAUUUGCAGAAAGCUCUGCUCAGAUUUUAUCUAUGGUUGCAAGAAGUGCAACUUCUUCCUCCACCACUCAUGCAUGGACAUACCUCGAGAGAUCAAUCAACACCUAUUUCACCCGAAUCACUCUCUUGUCUUGUUCACAAAGUCAUCAUACAAGUGUAAAGGUUGUGACAAAGACUGCUCAGGCUUGGCUUACAAGUGUCAAGCGUGUUUAUUUGAGUUAGAUGUUGAAUGCGCCUUGCUUCCCGCAGCAAAUUGUGAAGGUGCCAAAUGGAUUAAACAUGUCUACCAUCACCAUCCAUUGGAGCUUUGUGACAUUGAGGAUGGCCAUGAAGCUCACUGCUGGGCAUGUCGAGAGAGCUCCCAAGGUCGUCACUUUGUGUGUCACAGAUGCAAUUUUUUCCUGCAUCAAUCAUGUGCCAUUGAUUUAUUGCCACAAACAAUUCAAGAUCACCCAUUCCACCCCAAACAUUGCCUCAAGAUCGAAUCCUACAAUGAAGAGAGCUUUGACUGCAGAGCAUGUGGGAAGUAUGACUCCUAUGACUCUAAUGUCUUAGGUUAUUGCUGCGUGGAUUGUCCUGAUUUUAAAUUUCACUUGGAUUGUUCUAAGUUGAUACCCUCUAUUAAAUAUGGCAGCCACCGACACCUGUUUACUCUCUUUCAGAAAAGAGGUUACCCUGGUUCCUGUUUGAUUUGUAAAGAUAAUUGUGAAUCCUUCUUCCUUCGGUGUGUCAGUUGUGACAUAACUCUCCAUCUUCAGUGCCAUCAAUUAGCACCGAAAACACUCAAACAUAAACACCUUCGACACUCUUUAUUUCUGACUAAAUCUCCCCUUGAUUCAGACUUAGAAUAUUAUGGGCAUCGAGGUGAAUAUUAUUGUGACUUCUGCGAGCUACCAAGGCCAGCCGAGGAUCCAGUUUAUUAUUGCAAGGAAUGCGAUCUAUCUGCCGACAUUCGAUGCUUCAUCUCGCAGGUAUUGCUGUCAGUAACUGUAGAGGAGCAUAGUGAAGUCGGUGAAGAUAAAGAUGACAACUUCAGAGAAGGCAAAAGUUUUACAACUGAUCCCAAGGUUGUAAAGUUUGAUGAGGAGAUUGAAGAGCUUGCAUCAGAGUUGGAACAUAAAGAGUUGAGGAGAAGGAAGCUGAAAGCACAAGUGGAGGGCCUCCAAAGUGAAAUAGAGGAAUUAAGUAAUGGAAGCAACGAACUGGAAUGGAGGAUAAAAGGACUUGAGCGUGACCGUCUAUCUUAUUUUGCAUAUAGAACAAGCAGAGUCCAAUCUUGAAGAAUCAACAGGGGAAGGACGCUCUUGGGCAUGUCUAGAGAACUCCCCAAGCCCUCAUUUUGUGCGUCACAGAUGCAAAUUUUUCCUACAUAAAUCAUGUGCCAUUGAUUUACUACCACAAACAAUCCAAGAUCAUCCAUUCCAACCCAGUCAUCGUCUCAAGAUCAAAUCCUACGAUAAAGAAGGCUUUAGAUGCAGAGCAUGUGGGAGGAAUGACUCCGAUGUCUUAGCUUAUUGCUGCAAGGAUUGUUCUAAUUUUGAAUUUCACUUGGUUGUUCUAAGUUAACGCCUUCUAUUAAAUGUGGCAGCCACCGACACCUGUUUGCUCUCUUUCAGAAAAGAGGUAAACCUGGUUCCUGUUUGAUUUGUAAAGAUGAUUGUGAAUCCUUCUUCCUUCGUUGUGUCCGUUGUGACAUAACUCUCCAUCUUCAGGGCCAUCCAUUAGCACCGAAAACACUCAAACAUGAAGACCAUCGACAUCCUUUAACUCUGACUAAACCUCCCCUUGAUUCUGACUUUGAAAAGUAUGGGUCUCGAGAUGAAUAUUACUCUGACUUCUGCGAGAUGCCAAGGCCACCCAAAGAUCCAGUUUAUUAUUGCAAGGAAUGCGAUAUAUCGGCUGACAUUCAGUGCUUCAUCUCGCAGGUAUGUCGUUAUCAAAAC